UCCGAGCCUCGAAAGAUGGUGCAAUCUCCGCCACUAAGUCGACGGUAGCCAGGCUCGACACUCCAACACCCUCGAAGCCCAAUUCAAUCCCCGAGCUCCAUUUUGCAUUCAUCGUCAAAGUCUUUUCCACAUCUUACUCCCAAACAUUACAAUCAUGUCGGACGCAGAGGACAGAGAGUCGGGGCGAGAAUCCGAGGAAUCGGACGAGGAAGAGGAAGUGGAAGACGACAUCACGAAAAGAACCAGGUUGGCCACGGAACAGAUGAAAAAGACCUUCAACGGAGAGGCCACUGAAGAGGAUAUUGACAGAUUCUUCCACGACCAUAAACAGGUUUUGACCCAAGAGGCCAGUCGAGACGGGACCUUUCUGCACAGAAUUGCCCAAUUGGUGUACGCCAAGGAGAUCAGAGCUUCAGAUGUCAAGCCGCUCGUCAAGAGACUGAUGGAAGAUUACCCGUACUUACUACGAACCAAGAAUGAUGACGGGCAGAACCCACUCUACCGCGCAAUUCAGCUGCUCAAAGCACCUGCGUGGAAGCUAGUUGACUACAUGUUGAGUAACUGCAGCGAUCCGCAGGCCAUCUCAGACGCCGUGGAGAUGCCAUGCGGCGAGGACAGGUCGGCCAAAACCUGCUUGGCGCUGGCCUUUGAGAAGGGCAUGAAAGACCAAGUCCUCCAAAAGCUGAUCAGUCAUGCCAGUGACAAAGCUCUGGAGCUCAGGGAUGGUUCCGGAAGGACACCCUUUCAUUGCGCGGUGGAAUAUGACCAGUGCAGCGACAAGCGAGUGGGCGUCGUCAGACUACUCCUUGAGAAGGACUGGGAUGCUGUCAUGCGGCACAAGACAUCUGGAACGCCCAAACCCCUCGAGACGUUUCUGGAUUACAAGUACAAGAGAAGGGAAGACCACGUCGAGUACUCUGUCUAUGGCGAGCACGAAAGAACAGCCAAGGUCUAUCAGGACAAGGUGGAGAAACUUGCAAGAGAGGAACGGGAGGAGGCAAAGGCGCGCGAUACAGGUCAAGAGCGAGGGGACAGCAAGGCAUCAAACCUUGCAAUCCCCAGUAGAGAGAAGGAUGCGCGCAAAGGAGGUCUUGACAAGGGACCAAAGAGCCGAACCGUCGAGGAGCGUGACCGCCGGGGCAAGAAACCGGAGCGGGAUCGUGAAGGGGCCAAGCAAGAGCUCCAGAAUCUGGACGAGAAUGAAAGGCGGCGACAAGAAUUGAAGGAACAGGAAAGAGAAGCCCAAGAACGCAAAGCCAAGGAAGACAAAAGGAAUCCAAAGGACCCGAAAGAGCGUACGAAACAGCUCAAGGAUCCGAAAGCCAGCCCCGAUGGUCCGAUAUUGGCCGUCCCCAGGAGCCAAUCUGACCAUGCGCCAAACACGCCUCUGAAGAGAGUCGCGACGCAGAGGUUCGACAUUCCCACUGACGACGAAAGGAAAAAGAGGGACAAGAAGGUGUCGUCCAAGAGAUCUACGACGAAGGGACCGGAUUCUAGUGACUUGGCAAGGAACUCGGCCAAGAUUCUCAACAUGCUGAAGCUGCACUACAUGAGGACUAGGAGUGUCAAGAUGGCUAAUUCGUUUCUACAAGGAAAGAACUUUCAGCAAGAUAUUCAGAUCUUUUUCGACUACCGGGGACUUCCAUCCGAGAUCCAAGACACCGCUUUUAACGGGACCUUCGGAAAGGAUGGAGACCACGGCAUCCGGUUCGAUGAGGUGCUCAUGUAUGUAAGGUUCCCCAACGUGACCGUCAUCCAGAAGGGGAGGAGAGCCCCGAAACCUCGUGCUCCAGGCCGCCAGGACAUGGAGUUCUUCUUCAACUGGCUGUACGCCAAGGGCGUCCGGCGCAUUCUCAAAGUCGAAGUGGAAGACAGUGACAAGAUUCCGCACAGUGACGAGUCAAUCACGUUGUCGCUGGAGAAGAUCGUGGUGGAGCAUCUUGACUGGCAGAAGACGGACCUAGAUCCUCAAGUUAUUUGCCAACUCGGCAAAAAGGCCGACCAUCCAAGUUUUUAUGAGAGUGAUGCGAAGGGCAACUCGGUUGGGUCGAAGAACCAGCUACGAGAGGUGACGCUGAAAUGGAGUGGCAACAAUGCCGUGCUGAGGGCGUGGAGUGAGUCUGAGGGUUUACCUCAGCUGGAGAAUCUCGAAGCCAUCAACCUGAACAUCCCGCCUCAGUCCGACUUGUUCGACACUAGUAAUUGGGUGGCGACGAACCUUGAAGAAUUUCGAGCUCGCCUAAACCGCAAUGCCAAUGAAAACCGGAGGGCGAACAUGACGGUUGGCGUUAUAGCUUCAGCGGAAUCAGGAGCUUUGAAUACAUCGUCGGAGCACCGAAGCUCGACAAGAAGCUCCACGCCGCUUCCAGAACGCUCGAUUGAAGUUCGGCAACGACAGGGCAAGAAGGGAGCUGAAGUUCUGGUGUCGGCUGCCGGUUUACCCAAGGCAGCUGGGCGCUUCAAUCCAAUGACUGAGCACGAGUGGCUCAAUUGCAUGGAAAAGUUUGCAGAACACAUGAAUGAGCUUUGGAGGAAGACAACCGACGCAUCGAGCAGCAAGCUCGGCCAGGAUCAAGCUGACGGCGGCCAGCUGCUGAGCAUUGACAGUCAGACCAGGAGUGAUCUUCAGAAUCUGCAGAAACCCGUUGUUGUUGCACUAAUCGAUGACGGUGUUGACAGUUGUGACCCGGCCUUUUCAGGCCGUGUCAUUGAGGGCGUGACGUUCGACUAUCAGGAUAGAGGUGUGGGACAGUACUAUAUCUCAGGCAGGGGCCACGGCACUGAAAUGGCGAGGAUGAUUUGCAAGGUGUGUCCUAUGGCGAGUAUUUACUCGAUCCGUCUCAAGACGCAUAGCAGUCCGGACAGAGGGCACUCGACCAUCGAUGCGGCCUCGGCAGCCUUGGCUAUCGAGGCAGCUUUGGAAAAGAACGCAACUAUAAUAUCCAUGUCGUGGACGAUACCAGUUCCUGCAGAGGGAAGUGAAGAGAAGAAGCUGCUUGAUUCGGUUCUGAAGAGGGCAUGCGAACGGAAAGUUCUCAUGUUUUGCUCGUCGUCGGAUCAAAUCAGCGAUCCCAAUCACUAUCCCUCAGCCUUCAACCGUGACCAAUUCUUCGUCAUCGGCGCCGCCCACGACGACGGCACCGCCUAUGGCCAUGCUGGAAAGAACAACGACUUCAUCUUCCCAGGCGUCAAUGUCAAUACCUCCGGCGGAAGAAGCCUGCCUCUUUACCUUGCCGACAAGACCUCUUCGACCAAAGAAUCGACAGGCUCCAGCAUCGCCACUGCUCUGGCAGCGGGCCUAGCCGCCAUGAUAACGUAUUGUUUCAAGGCUAGUGCGCUAGCCACCGUCAUGGCCAGGACGCAGCAGGGGAAAGACUACGUGGCUGGGCCUGAGCUUGUCAAGAAAGGCGACGUGGACAGGAUUGCGGAACACGAUGUGCUCAAGAAGGCUUUCAGCAGGAUAGGCAAGGUGGGGAGCGGGCAGUUUAUACCAGUCUGGGACAGGUUUGGGCCUGCGAGUAGGUACUUGGAGGAAGCCAACAAAAGUGACGAGGACAAGCUUGAGUGCAUUAUGAAUCUCUGCUCGAACCUCAUUGAGCGGUAAUUUGUGAGUGCCAGGUUUAGAUGGAGUCAGGAUGACGAUGUCGUGGUGGUUUAUGACCCAGUCUCCCAAUUAAGCUUUGAGCUGCCAGAUCAGCUUCAAUAGGAAAAUCCGGUCCCAUGCCUCUGAUGGAGUUGAAAGGCCAAGUCGCCCAAGGCAUCUGGUAGAUUGGCUUGUGUGGAAGACAGAGUAGGCAGAUCGCCAGCCUGAUGUCUGCCCAGCUUCGACUAACUCAAUGGUGGGUUAGCCUCAAAAAAUGCACUCUUUCUGCGACAGUAUUCCGCUCAGACCCAGGAAGAGCUUCUGUGGGACGGGAAUUGCUUUACUAAGCUAGAGAUAAACCUGCCCAUAAUUUCGUCUUAAUCUGAG